AUAAGCAUAGAAAGGAUAAACGAGUGAGCAUAGCAGCUAUUCUCCAUCGAUUGGACGUUUAGAAUCUGAUAGAUCUCGUGGGAUAUUUUUUUGAAUCCAGAGAAAUGGGAAAUUUCUACUCAAAUCAAAACAGUAAAACUCUACAAAUUUCUGCAAAAAACGAACCGAACGUAAAUAAUAAUAACGAACAAGCUGUCCUUAUUCCUGUUGAUUGUAGCGAGCAGGCGGAGGCUGCGUUUAAAUGGUAUUAUCAUCACGUUCAUAAGCCAGAAAAUAUUGUUAGAGUGUUACAUUGUGUCGAUUUGAAUCAAUCAAUUAUCGGUCAUUCAAAAAUCAGUGUAAAAGAUCAAAUGGAGAAGCAUGGGAAGGAAGGGAAAAGAGCUUUGGAAAAAUAUCAAAAUAUUAUGAGAGAUAAUAAUAUUAAGGGUAGCGUUCAUUUUGAAAUGGGACAUCCGGGAGAAACUGUCGUUAAAGCAGCUAUGCGUCAUAAUGUAUCCCAUAUUGUUAUGGGUACAAGGGGAUUUGGGCUUAUUCGUCGAACCAUAUUGGGAAGUGUUAGCGAAUAUGUGAUACACCAUUCUCAAGUACCUGUGACAGUCGUACCCAAGGAAACAACCUCUUGGUUCUUUUAG